AUGAAAUUAUAUUCUCUAGAUAAAAAUUGAGUUAAUAUAAGAAUUUGGUUUAUUAUAAAAAUGAUAUGAAUUUUGGGAGCUAUAGUUGCUCAAGUUCUUGGAGCAGAAGAAAAAGAAAUGUCUGGCCUUGAUCAGUCUAAAAAUAAUGGGCUUGAUUAUGAGGUUGAAUACAUAAGUUAAAAAUGGUGAGCCACUCGGCUCACUCUUAGAUUAUGUAGCAAAUAUCACACAGGGUAUCAGAAUCUCGAAUAAAGGAGACUGGUGUUUGGAGGUGAUCAGUUAAAGAUAAAUCCAAAAAGUUUUUCCUUAUGGGGAAAAAUGAAGCUGAAGUUGAGAAAUUAGUCUCUUGGACAAUCGGCAAUGUGAUACCGGAAUUAACGUAAUGGGCUUUCAACCUCCAUUUUUGCUCACAGCCAGCUAAGCAAGCAACCUAUAUUCAGGCACAGACAGUGCGAGUUAGGCUAUCGUUAGGCAGGAACACGCUUUGCGAUGUCGUGAAACCCGAACUAUUUAGCAAGCGGAGAAGCAUUAUGGCAGGGAAUAAGGACCCUUCUUGACGUCUGACAAUGAAAUUUUCUAUAAUCUAAAGUAAAUAAUCGAUUAUGAGGUUGACAUUGAAAUUUUUAAUAGUCCAGCAGACUAUGAUAACGAGAAAAUUCCUUAUAGUGGUUAUGAAAAUGAAGAAAGACUAGCAAGCUACCCAAGUGAAUGGGAUUGAACUGUUGCAAACGCAGUUACUGAAGUAAAAAACGAGCGAGGAUGCAAUAGUUCUUAUAUAUUUGCAGCUGUCGGAGCUGUAGAGUCUCUUCUAUAUCUCCAGGGCCGUACCAAUGGUACCCUUUAUGAAUUUUCAGAGCAGGUCAUACUUGAUUGUGAUAAAUCCGCAACUUGCAAAGGGGGGAAUAUUUCAGAGCCGUUUAACUUUAUGCAGACUCAAGGAAACGUAAUAGAAGCCUUUUACCCUUAUGAAGGUAACAGCUAUCGUUGCCGAUUUAAUUUGAUGCCUCCUGAUUUAUUAUUCAACAUUUCAGGAUAUAGGCAAAUUCAGCCUAAUAAUUAUAGUGCAUUAUAUGAAGCCAUUAGAGAAAAUCCAGUCGCAGUUUUUAUUAAUAUAAACUCACUCCAUCACUUUUAAAUAGGAAAAAAAAAUUUGUUCCAAUUUAAAGUUUUAUUUUAAAAAAAUUAUAAAAUUCCAAAAAAUUAAAUUAAAUACAAUUUUUACUAUUAAAAAAUUUGUUCUUAUUUAAAAGGGUUAAUACACCCAAAAAAUAGAAAUUUUGCCAAUAUUGUGUUCCAAUAUAAAGGAAGGGGAGUCAGAAGAAUUUUUUUCAUAUAAAUCAGGAAUUUUUAACGACAGUCUUUGCAAGGUUUCACCACUGAAUCAUGCUAUGCUUGCUGUUGGGUAUAGUGAAAACCAAUUUAUAAGGUUUAAAAAUUCGUGGGGCCCAGAUUGGGGUAUGGAUGGGUAUGUUCUCAUUGGAAUUAACAACGAAAAUGAAAGCCUUAGUUUAGCUUAUUUAGAAGCUCCAGUAUACCAGAAGGUAAAUUUUCUAUUCUUGCUUCGCUUGAUCCCCUACUUUCUGCCUAUCGACGUGGGCUUGGACACUAAUUUGAUGCGCAGUUUAUGAACCAUUGCACUGCAAUCGUACAUGUUAAUGCGUUGCUCUCCCAACAAAAAUCACGUCGUGGGUCAAGGUCGACUCAAAUCCCAGGACUUAACGCUUGGCAUCGCGCCAAGGAUUGCUCAAUUGGUCCUAAGCACUCUUUUUGGUAUCCUUUUCCAACUUCAACUAACUAUCUUCCCCGGAGGAAAAAUCUGGCCUAGACGUGAACAUGAGGUUGGUAUUGAUAUUGCGCUCCACUAAAUCAAGCAAAACUGAUCUAAUGCACAUUAUUGAGUGCGCUAUCCCUUCCUCAAGGUUCUUGAUUACCCCAAUUGCAGGCUUAGGAGGAAUGGCGGAUUCGCUUCAUCAUUUCAAUGUAUACGAAAAUGAAAGCCAAGGUGGCUCUUGUGGGAUGCUUAAAUAUGGAUUAAUUCCAUUCGUUUAA